GGUGGCAGUCCGAGCCAUGACUUUCUACCUUCAUGGAUCUAGACCUUCUGUGCCCAGCAAAACGUGAACUUGGAGCUGGGAGCCAUGACGUCACCGGAGGCGUCACCCAGGAGGUGCCUAGACCCGCCCCUGUUCCUCAUGAGCGCGUCUACUGGGCGCUCUGUUUUUACGUCAUUUCCGUUGCACUCCCUCGGCCGAAGCUUUCGUUGGGGGGGGGGUCUUCACUUAGUGUGGGUGGCUGGAGAACGCUGCGAAUCAACUGUUUGUUCCUGCCAACCUUGCUGGUCCGAUACCAUGGGAGUGACUUGUGUGUCCCAGAUGCCUGUGGCUGAGGGCAAGAGUGUCCAGCAGACCGUGGAGCUCCUCACCCGGAAACUGGAGAUGCUUGGGGCAGAGAAACAAGGAACAUUUUGUGUGGAUUGUGAGACCUACCACACAGCCGCCUCCACUCUUGGCAGCCAAGGUCAGGCUGGGAAGCUGAUGUACGUGAUGCACAACUCAGAGUACCCUUUGAGCUGCUUCGCCCUCUUUGAGAAUGGCCCUUGCCUCAUUGCUGACACCAACUUUGAUGUGCUCAUGGUGAAGCUCAAGGGCUUUUUCCAGAGUGCCAAGGCUAGCAAGAUUGAGACCCGGGGUACCCGUUACCAGUACUGUGACUUCCUAGUGAAGGUGGGCACAGUUACCAUGGGGCCCAGUGCCCGAGGCAUCUCCGUAGAGGUAGAGUAUGGCCCUUGUGUGGUAGCUAGUGACUGCUGGAACCUGCUGCUCGAGUUUCUACAGAGUUUUCUAGGCAGCCACACACCAGGGGCUCCUGCAGUGUUUGGGAACAGACACGAUGCCGUCUACGGCCCGGCAGACACCAUGGCCCAGUACAUGGAACUCUUCAACAAGAUCCGCAAGCAGCAGCAGGUGCCCGUGGCUGGCAUUCGCUAGUGGCUGGCAGCUACCCAGCUGAGCUCUGCCACCAGGGGACUACACAGGAGGAGCAGGUGCCGCCCCCCAGAAACCCAGGGCAGACAUGGAAGCUUCCCUCCCUCUUCCCAGCUGUGACUUUUGUUCUGGGGAUUUGGACUCCCCUCCCCUGACCCUCACACACAGCCCCCCAGCAGCUGCUUCACCCCACGCCUUACUGGACUUGGCCUGUUCUCAAGAAUGGUAAUUAUGAAGAGUGGAGAAGUGUGGAGCUUUCCUGCUUUAGGGGAAAAGGUAGGACAGGGCUGUCCCUGCCUAGUGUUGGUGGGGAAAGCAGUCUGUAUCUCCAGCUGUUGAGGAUUUGGCCGGGGCCCGCAGUGGACAGGCUGGGCCGGGCUGUAAUAAAGGCCUCUUCCUCUACUCCAGGGAUGCGGUUGGGCCUCUCUUGGAGAAGGAGUAGAAGGCAUAACUUA